AUGUGGGGUGGCUCAACCCGCUGCUCCGGUGGCCCAACAGGCUCCGGCUCCGGCGGGUUCGGGAAUGUGUCGCUAUACGUGGGAGAUCUGGACCCGAGUGUGAACGAAGAGCAGCUUUACUAUCUGUUCAACCAAGUGGCUCAGGUUGCUUCCCUUCGGGUUUGUAGGGAUCAGACCAGAAUGCACUCGCUUGGCUAUGCUUAUGUCAAUUACGCCACUCCACAGACAGCUGCUAAUGCCAAGGAGCUCUUAAAUUUUGCUCCUAUAAAUGGGAAACCCAUUAGGAUCAUGUACUCGCAGCGUGAUCCCAGCAUUCGGAAGAGUGGAUAUGCAAAUUUAUUUAUCAACAACCUGGAGAAAUCUAUUGAUAAUAAGGCAUUGUUGGACACUUUUUCUGCUUUUGGGACUGUACUCUCUUGCAAGGUCGCAGCUGAUGCCAAUGGUCAAUCAAAAGGAUAUGGAUUCGUACAGUAUGAUAAUGAGGAAUCUGCAAACAAUGCAAUCAACCAGCUGAAUGGCAUGCUCAUAAACGAGAAAAAGGUUUCUGUUGGACAUCAUGUUCGGAAGUCAUCAAAUGAAUUCAAAAAUAUAUAUGUCAAAAAUUUGCCGGAGACAAUUACAGAGGAAGACCUCCAGAAUUAUUUUGGUGAAUCUGGACCUAUCACUAGUGCAGCGGUUAUGAGGGAUGCACAUGGAAAGUCUAGAUGCUUUGGUUUUGUCAACUUUGAUAAAGCUGGUGAUGCUAUAACUGCAAUUGAGAAAUUCAAUGGGAAACCUUAUAAAGAUAAGGUUUUGUUUGUCGGUAAGGCUCAAAAGAAAGUAGACAGGGAGAAAGAGUUAAGAGCCAAGUUUGAACAGGAAAGAAUCAGCAGAUUUGAGAAGCUCCAAGGGGCAAACCUAUAUCUGAAAAAUCUUGAUGACACCGUAAAUGAUGACAAACUGAAGGAGCUAUUUUCAGAAUUCGGAACAAUAACUUCAUGCAAGGUCAUGCUUGAUCAUCAAGGGAUGAGCAAGGGAUCUGGAUUUGUUGCCUUUUCAAGUCCGGAGGAAGCUAACAAAGCUUUGAAUGAAAUGAAUGGGAAGAUGAUUGGUCGGAAGCCUCUAUACGUUGCUGUGGCUCAGCGGAAAGAAGAAAGGAAGGCUCGACUGCAGGCACGUUUUGCACAAAUCCGAGCACCAGGUGCGAUGAUACAUUUGCCAUCGCCAAUUCCUGGAUAUUAUCCUGGGGCACCUAGGCUUUCACCUCAGCAGCUGUAUUAUGGUCAAGGUACUCCGGGCCUUCUACCCCAUCAGCCUGCAGGUUAUGGCUUCCAGCAGCAAAUCUUGCCCGGGAUGCGUCCAGGUGUUGCUCCCAACUUCAUUAUGCCGUACCACCUUCAACGGCAAGGUCAACCUGGGCAGAGAAUAGGUGUACGGCGAGGGGGAAACUUCCAACAAGUGCAGCAGCAGCAGCAGUUAAUGCAUCGUAACUCCAAUCAAGGCUCGAGAUACAUAGGUCAUGCUCGGAACGGGGUGGACUCUGCUGUGUCUCCCCAAGGUCUUGUGAGUCCAGUGAUGCCUUUGCCCUUUGAUGGUUCGGGGAUGCCUGCUGUGACAUCAAGUGAUAUCCAGCGUACUGGGCCAAUGCCUAUGUCAACACUUGCUUCUGCUUUAGCUUCUGCUACUCCCGAGAAUCAGCGUUUGAUGCUGGGAGAGCAGCUAUAUCCUCUUGUUGAGCGUAUUGAGCCAGAACUCACAGCUAAGGUGACUGGGAUGUUGCUGGAAAUGGACCAGACAGAAGUUCUCCAUCUUAUUGAGUCUCCAGAUGCACUCAAGGAUAAGGUAGCUGAAGCAAUGGAUGUGCUUCGUAAUGCUACAUCAAAGACUGAUGUCGCGGAUCAGCUUGGUGCAUUGGAUCUGAAUUAG